CUAUGCCUCUGGUCGGUGGGUUGGUAGGCGUGAAAUUAACAUGGUGCUUGAAAGCGCGUGUUAACUGUACGUUUGUUAUACCUUUAUUAUUAGUAAAGAAAUACGAUUUUAUUCGUUUGAAAUGAAAGGGGAUAAUUAAUAUAGAAAUCAAAUUCUACAUCACGAAUAAAUUUUGUUUAACAUAUAUCGCGAAAAUAUGGCAGAAUCUGUUGGACCAAUACUUCAUGUAAUUGUUGUCGGAUUUCAUCACAAGAAAGGGUGUCAAGUAGAAUAUUCAUUUCCCCCAUUGGUACCUGGAGCUCCAAAUGAAUGCCCUUUGGGUUGGAAAUAUUUACCCACUCUUGCUUUACCAGAUGGAUCUCAUAAUUAUGACGAAGAUACAGUCUUUUUUCAUUUACCCAGUUUAAACGAUCCAAAAUGUACGGUAUAUGGAAUUUCAUGUUUCAGACAAAUUCCUGUUGAGAAAUUGAAGAAUCGUACAUCUGAUAUAACAAGAGGUACAGUUCAAAAAUCUGUUUGUGUGUUAAGCACCUUACCAUUAUAUGGUCAUAUUCAAGUGAAAAUGGCUCUGAUAACACACGCAUAUUUUGAUGAAGGAGAUUUUAGUAAAGUGUCAUUAUUAGAAGAUACUUAUCAUCAUCUUAAUUCUUGUAUGAGCAGUGAAAGUCAGAUACCACCCCAAGUGUUUGUUGGAUUGUCUGCAAGAGAUUUUAUACUGCAAUUUCGUCACAAAGUUCUUUUAUUAUUUAAAUUACUUCUGUUGGAGAAGAAGAUUGUUUUCUAUCAGUCCCCGGUGCAACCAUUAUGUGCUACAAUAUUAACAUUACUUUCCUUGUAUCCUGGGAUGAUUGAACAUGGCUUGCAACAAGCUGCAUGUGUUAGACCAUCAAGACCUAUGUCACCCAUUCCUACAUUUGACGAAGAAGAAAUAUCAAUAAAGAACAUUGAUAAUAAUUUAUCUACGAAUUCCGUGCAAAACAACAUGUCAGAUACAGUAAAAGAACACAUUAACGGGAAUUCGAACAGAAACUCAUUGUGUAUAAAUGAUAAUAAAGAUAUUGAAGCAAUGGAAGGCAAAUGUUUAGAUGAAUUUAAAAAGAACAACAAUGAGAAUGAAAAUGUAGGCAUGAAAGUCAUUGAAGUGGAAUCAGCACAAGAAUGCACCGAAUCUUACGCGGAAGAAAAUAAUUCUAUGUAUUCGUCUAAAUCAAAUGAUAAUGUACAUAGAGUACAGAGUGUAAACACAAUUACAUUAGGCACAGCGGAUACUGAUAAUCCAUUGCCACGCGAUACAAGUAACGAUGCACUUUCAGAUGCACGUUUGACAAAUAAUAUCACUCAGAUUGCUCAUAUAAAUCCAGAACUCUGUGGUUUACCUUUAAAUAUAUUCACAAAGGGUUAUUUAUGUUUACCAUAUCUAUCCUUGCCAUAUUUGGAUCUUUUAGCUGAUAUUAACGUUAGAGGCUACAUAGUUGGGGCAACGAAUGUUUUGUUCAAGCAAAAGAAACAGCUUAUCGAUGUAUUAGUAGAGGUUGAAAAUACACGGAUAGAAACAAGCGAUCCAGAAUUAAGACGACAACUGCAUCUCACAACGGAGGAUCUGAGAUUUGCAGAUUAUAUAGUCAGGCAUGUAUCAGAGCCCCGUAAAGAUAUUUUUUUAGACGGCGUAGGAUGGGAAGGUGGAGAUGAAUGGAUCAGAACCCAGUUUCGAGUUUACUUAUUAAGCAUGUUGCGAACAUCUAUGCAACAAGAUACUAGACAGUCUGACCAUUAUAAUUCUGCGUUCAUGGCUGCCUGGCGGGCAACGAAUAACUACAAAAUCUGGAGCAGUAUUAAUAAGCCAGAAAUAAAUAACAUAGAUCCUGGUCAUCCAUUCGCAGGACAAUUAUCCGUGCAGGAUAUGAAGUUACGCUUAUCGCACACGAUGCAGAAUACAGAAAGUGGAAGGAAAUUGAAUCAAGCAAUGGCGUCAACGGGAAGAGCUGUUGCGACGACAGGAAAAGCUGUAGGUGGUGCACUUUCCCAAGCUAAAGGGGCAUUCUCUAAUUGGUGGAGUACAUUAACAACGGUUCAGUCUGUCGAAGAAGGAAAGGCUGACAAUCAAACAAUUAUACAUCAGACACUUUCAAAUAUAACCAAUAAAACUGCUAUCGAGGACGAAGAAAUGAACGUAUCCACUAAUAAUACAAAUCUAGAGAUGACUGUAGAUUAAUAUAAAGAGAGUUCGAAUUGUUUGAUACCAUAACUGUAAAAGAUGAUUUCUAAAACCAAAUGUAACAGGUGAUAUUGUUUCUUACUAUACAAAAAAUAUGGUAGAUCAAGAAUAGUAUUCGUACAAUGCAAAUUGCUGGUGUGUAAAACAGGAAAUCUGAAGGAAAAGUUUCAGGUAAGAAAUUCAAAUCUGAACAGUAGAUUAUUAAUGUGAUAUAUAGUGUGGUAAAAAGGAGAUACAAGAUUUUAAUUGACAUUUUAUUUUAAUAUCUUUUUAUGUUAGUUAUUAAUUCUUCUUUCUUUUGAAACGAAGAUAUGUGUUUAUUAACACACUUGAUUACUGUGUAAUGUGUAUAAUAUGUACCGAGUAUAGUAGGCUUCCUUUAAAAUGAUCAUAUAGGAAAAUUUUCAGACUACAAGACUAGAAAUUUCGUAACUUCUCAUUUAAUAUUUACAGGCAAUUAGUGAUAUCUUAUUUCCUUAGAGCAUCAUUUUUCCUAGAAAAUCCUACCAUACUCGGUACUGUACAAUUAUUAUGUUAUUAUUUAUAUAGAAAGAUACUCUUAAUUGAAAAGUACCUGCAGUUUUAGGUUUUGUACAUAGGAUUUUUUGAAACAAGCAUAUCAAUUGAAACAAUUCAUUCAUAGCGGUUUAAUAUUAUUUUACCUUGAGUAUAAUUAGACAGUCAUAUACCAUUGACCUAACUAGGAUUUUUGUAUAGGGUGGGAUAGGGAGUUUAGAUUUACUAUUAGUAUUAAAUAUUUAAUAUUGUGUCAUUCUAAUUUCAUUCUAAUAUUGAUUGAUUAUAACUUAUUUUAGUUGCAAUAUACGUUGCAUUUCGGACAAAAUACUUAGUUGUAUUGCAAUACGAUUUUACGACAAGAUUUUAGAAUGUUGAGGGUGCCAAUUCACAUUUCUCUGGAGGGGUAGAAUCAAACCCACUCUGACUCCUAGUUACGCCAGUGACACAUACACGAUAUUACAUACAUCAUAUGUUAUGAAUUCUUUCAAUUCGUAAACCUCAAUAACACAUCUAAACAUGUUCAUAAUAUUGCUCAUUACUUGCUUCAGUAUCAUUCUCUUAUUGAGAAUAUAAAAACUUUUAUAUUAUCAGAAUUUAAUUAAUUUCAAUACACAUAAAAUUAUGUUACGAAAAAAAAAUAUUAAAAAAAAAAAUAUAUAUAUAUAUAUAUAAUUGUAACAAUUUCUUAUAAAGAAUUAAAUUGUGGUUUAUAUGUUCUGAAAUUUUUUAUUUACAUUUAUAUAAAUUAUAACACACUUAACUGCUACACUUGUAAUAAGUAUAUAGACUGUUUAUAAUAUGCUAAAUUAGUCAAUGUUAACAUAUAAUCAAUAAUAUAUAAAUGUAGAUAAAAUAUGGAAUGCAUUUUUCUUUUUCGUAUUAAAAUAUUAAAACUUUAAUUCAAAAAGAAUUAUUUUUUAAUUCUGUUAAAUAAAUUUUUGUUCAACGAAUACAUUUAUAGCGGCCAAAUAAAAAUGCAUUACCUAUUUAUAGAAAAAUUUAUUAUGUUAUUAUAAAUUACAUUUUUGUUUUAUUAAUAAUUGUGAUAUUUUAUUUGUAAUUACUGAAAGGUUGAUAUAGCAGUUAAAGAAGUUAUCAAAUUUUCAUUUAAAUACGAGUGCCAAAAAUGUUGGCAUAGAUCUUAUGAUUUAUUUAUACUACAAAUAAAUUUAUGUAAAGUUAAUGAUUACUCUACAUUGUUAGGUUUCUGUUAUCAAAUUCUAUACUAGUCAAUUUGCAUUGUAUCUGUGAGCCAUAACUUCAUUGUUAUACUUUUUAUGAGUCAUAUGUAUGAAAAACUUUUAGUUGUAUAAUUUCCGCAAGAGAUAUAAAGGAAAAUUUUGUUAAAUGUAACACAGGGUUUUAUAAAUGUGAUAAUAUGCGUUUUA